CAUGCUUUAGCUGCCAAGAAUUAUUUCAAAACACGUUCUGCACGUUCUUUCCCAUAAAUGUUUUAGGAAAAGUUAAAUUUGUUAUUUUUCGUAUUCAUUUAAAAAAUUUGAAAGAUGGGUACAGCAAAAACAAUGGAAAUCGAUUUAAUUCCUGCGGAUUUGGAGUUCGCAGUAUUUUCCAAUGAAGAAAUUAAAAGGCUUAGUGUCGUUAAAAUUAUUACUGGUUUAACAUUUGAUCCACUUGGCCAUCCUUUACCCGGAGGUUUAUAUGACAAUGUAAUGGGUACAUAUGGUCGACGAAUGGAACCGUGUGCUACCUGUUAUAACAUGCAAGCAUGUCCUGGACAUAUGGGCCAUAUUGAAUUAAACGCACUAGUGUUUAAUCCAUUUUUUAUAAAACUCGUGCAGAAAAUGUUAAGUAUUUUUUGCUUAAACUGUUUCAAGAUACAAUUGAAAGAGCAUGUUUGUGAAGUGCUGACUUUGCAAUUACGCCUCAUAGACGCGGGCUAUAUUGUUGAAGCACAAGAGCUUGAAAUAUUCAAAUCGGAAAUAGUGUGUCAAAAUGAAGAGCAUUUAGUGAAGACUGAAGAUGGAAAUUAUGUGCAUCCUCGUAUAGCCGCAAUGUUUGAGCUCCUAAAGAAAGGAGAGUCUAAUGCUUGUAACAACACAAAAACGUCAUGUGGUAUACGUUCGGCUCUAGUUCAUGCUGCUCUUCAACGCGUGCCUUUUAAGAAAUGCAUCCACUGCGAAAAGCCUUUGCGUAACAUUCGUUAUUUGUAUCGAAAACUAGUUUACUAUAUUACAGCAGCGGAAAUGAAAAAUUCUAUGCCAGAAUCACAACAAACAAUGGGACAAAAUAAAUCAAUUUUCGCCGAUGAAUGUCGAAAGUUUCUACGACAAAUAUAUGACAACUAUCCAGAUUUGUUGAAACUACUGUUUCCUUUGCUGAAAUUGAAUGCAAGUGGAAAUGAAUCGCCUGUUGAUAUAUUUUUCAUGGACACCAUACCAGUAAUACCACCCAAAGCGCGUCCACCAAACAUAUUACAUGAUCAGAUUGUGGAACAUGCACAAACAGGAAUUUAUAGAGCAAUAAUUGAAAAUAAUUCAGUUCUACGUGUGGUCAUGAAGCAUCUUAAAGGAUUGAGAGAGGAGCUUACAGAAGAGGCACAACGUGUUUAUGAAACUACCAGAGGAAAAUCGCCAUAUGAAAAGCUUUACAAUGCUUGGCAAACUUUACAAACUUCUGUGGAUUUGCUAUUAGACAUAACAGCCAGCAGAAAUUCGCCAUCGAAUCAAGGAUUAAAACAAGUUUUAGAAAAGAAAGAAGGCUUAAUACGCAAACAUAUGAUGGGUAAGCGCGUUAACUAUGCCGCACGUACUGUUAUUACACCCGACCCAAACAUCAACGUCGAAGAAGUCGGUAUACCAGAUAUUUUUGCACGUAAACUAAGCUAUCCCGUGCCAGUAACACCAUGGAAUGUCGCCGAACUACGAAAAAUGGUUAUGAACGGACCCGACAUACAUCCUGGCGCAAACUAUAUACAAGAUGAGAAAGGUUAUACGACACUCAUACCGGCUGAUAAUGCGGCAAAGCGUGAGAGCAUGGCAAAAUUGCUUUUUAACUAUCCCGAAAAAGGUAUCAAAGUGGUGCACCGACAUGUGCUUAACGGAGAUGUGCUCUUGCUCAAUCGACAGCCGUCACUUCAUCGACCAUCUAUAAUGGCGCAUAAGGCACGCAUUUUGCCCGGCGAAAAGACAUUCCGGCUGCACUAUUCGAAUUGUAAAGCAUACAACGCUGAUUUCGAUGGUGAUGAAAUGAAUGCACAUUUCCCACAGAGUGAAGUAGCGCGAGCAGAGGCUUAUAAUUUGGUUAAUGUUGCAAGCAAUUAUUUAGUACCUAAAGACGGUACACCCUUGGGCGGCUUAAUUCAGGAUCAUGUUAUAUCAGGCGUAAAAUUGUCAAUUCGUGGACGCUUUUUCAAUAGAGAAGACUAUCAGCAGCUUGUGUAUCAAGGCCUGUCACAUUUACGUGACAAAAUUAAACUGCUGCCACCGACAAUUCUUAAACCAACGGUGCUUUGGUCUGGCAAACAGGUUCUUUCGACAAUAAUUAUCAAUUUGAUACCCGAAGGCUACGCACGCAUCAAUCUACACACACAAGCGAAAAUAAAUGCAAAGACGUGGAUCGUAGCACGAACCCAUGAAGCUGCAUGUGCACCACUGGGCGGCGGUGAUUUAUGUGAAAGCAAUGUUAUAAUCCAUAAAGGCGAACUGCUCACCGGUGUACUGGAUAAACAACAAUACGGCGCUACAACUUAUGGUUUAAUACAUUGCAUGUAUGAGUUAUACGGCGGUGAAGUUUCGACCUGUUUAUUAACGGCAUUCACAAAACUGUUUACAUCAUUUUUGCAACGCGAAGGCUUUACGCUGGGUGUACAGGAUAUCUUGGUCACAGCAGAGGCGGACGCACAAAGACGUAAAAUAAUUAAAGAAUCGCGCAAAGUUGGUGAUUCGGCUGUUGCAGCUGCAUUAGAUUUAGAUGAGAUACCAUCGCUGGAUGUGCUUGUUGAAAAAAUGGAGGAGGCCUAUGCAAAAGAUCCCAAAUUCCGUGUUGUUUUAGAUCGCAAAUACAAAUCGCUACUCGAUGGUUAUACAAAUGAUAUAAAUCGUACUUGCUUGCCCGGUGGACUCAUAUCUAAAUUUCCACAAAACAAUUUACAGUUAAUGGUGCUCUCCGGUGCAAAGGGCUCUAUGGUGAAUACUAUGCAGAUUUCAUGCUUAUUGGGACAAAUUGAAUUGGAGGGUAAACGUCCGCCUCUAAUGAUAUCUGGCAAGUCAUUGCCCAGCUUCACAUCCUUUGAGACGUCACCCAAAUCGGGUGGUUUCAUUGAUGGUCGUUUCAUGACCGGUAUACAGCCACAAGAUUUCUUCUUUCAUUGCAUGGCAGGUCGUGAAGGCCUUAUCGAUACCGCUGUGAAAACUUCACGUUCGGGUUAUUUGCAACGUUGUCUGAUUAAACAUCUGGAAGGGCUUAGCGUUGGCUAUGACAUGACUGUGCGCGACAGUGAUAACAGCGUUGUGCAAUAUCUGUAUGGCGAAGAUGGAUUGGACAUUCUCAAAUCAAAGUUUUUCAAUACUAACUUCUGCAUGCAAUUUUUGGCGCUCAAUUAUACAGCCAUCAUACACUCCAACGAGCUGAAAAACAUUAAAGACGAACAGACACUCAUGAAGAUUGCACGACAUGUAAAGAAAAUGCGAAAAUGGCAAAAUAAACGCGAAGAAAAGCAUACACAACAAGAAACGAAGCGUAUACAAUCCGCUUUUACAGAUUUCUCCGCCGAUGCACCAACAAAAGCGAAUGCGCACGAAGUGAAUCCCAAAAACGGACGCAGCAUGGAUUAUGAGUAUAAAAGAAAGCUUUGGCGUAAAGCUGAUGACGAAACAAAAGAGCAAUAUAAAAAGUCCAGCGCCCGUUGUCCCGAUCCCACAACAUCGCUUUACAGACAGGACAAUUGUUAUGGCAGUGUUUCGGAGCGUCUGGAGAGAAUCGUCGAGGAAUAUAUGAAAAAGUAUCCGAAUAGUAAAGCAGCAAUUGAUGACAUAAUAUACUUGAAAAACAUUAAGUCUUUGGUGUCGCCGGGCGAGCCAGUCGGCCUAUUGGCCGCUCAAUCGAUUGGUGAACCUUCGACGCAGAUGACACUGAACACUUUCCAUUUCGCCGGUCGUGGUGAAAUGAACGUCACGCUCGGUAUACCACGUCUGCGUGAAAUUCUAAUGCUGGCUUCGGCGAACAUCAAAACACCUUCAAUGGAUAUACCAAUAAAACCGAAUGAAGUUAAAAGUGCCAAUAAGCUGCGUAUAAAGCUCAAUCGUGUGACGCUUGCAGACAUAUUGCAAUUUGUUAAUGUAAAAACGAAACUGGUUCUUAAGCCGGAGCGUGCCUAUCAAUACAAGCUACGCUUCCAAUUUCUGCCCCGUGAAGCUUAUCAGAACGAUUUCUGCGUGCGCCCGAAGAAGGUGCUAAAAUAUAUGAGUGAGGUAUUCUUCAAGCUGUUGUUCCGUGCUGUUAUAAAGUCUUCAAAGAGCAGAGCAUCUAUAAUUGAGAUGAAUGAAGAUAAAGAUGGCGGCGAUAAAAAUCUGGAUGAAGAUGAAACUAGAAAUGAAAUGGGUGGUCAAUCCAGUAGGGGAAAAUCAACAAAUGCUGUCGAAGUAGACUCGUCGGAUGAUGAGCAAGCGAAUGACGACGAUGAUGCAACUGGUAGUAAAUUUAAAUCGCGCAAGCAAGAUGAAACUGAAUAUGACGAUCCUGAAGUUUUGGAGGAAAUGAAAGAUGCUGAUGAUGACGAUGAAAUGGGAGAAGCCGACAAUGAUGACGACGAUCAAGAGGACGCCGGCAAAACAGAUGCAAGUGAUGCUAUGGUGGAAAGAGUGCUGAGCAAUGAAAUGGUGCAAGAAUACUCGUAUGACAAGGAACAACAUCAGUGGUGCAAGCUUACGUUCAAUCUAAACAUGAAAUAUAAAAAACCUGAUAUAUCAUCGAUUAUACGAGAAUUGGCUGGUAAAUGCGUGGUGCACCAAGUGCAGAAUAUUAAACGUGCUAUAAUUUAUAAAGGCGACAAUAAUGCGCAAUUAUUGAAAACCGACGGCAUUAAUAUUGUUGAAAUGUUCAAGUACAACGAUGUUUUAGCAUUAAAUCGCCUUUAUUCCAACGAUAUACACUCGAUUGCCAAGACAUACGGCAUUGAAGCAGCGGCACAGGUCAUCAUUAAAGAAGUGACUAACGUAUUCAAAGUUUAUGGCAUCACAGUGGACAGAAGACAUCUUUCUUUGAUUGCCGAUUAUAUGACGUUUGAUGGCAGUUUCCAACCACUUUCCCGCAAAGGCAUGGAACACUCAUCCUCACCAUUGCAACAAAUGUCAUUUGAAUCCUGUUUGCAAUUCUUGAAAAAUGCUGCUGGCAGUGGACGUGCAGAUGAGUUGACUUCACCAUCAAGUCGUUUAAUGGUUGGCUUGCCUGUACGAAAUGGCACAGGUGCUUUUGAGUUAUUAACAAAAAUUUGUUAAGAACGAAAACAGUUGAAAAUCAAUAUGAAAUUGAAUAAAUUACCUAAUUUGUAAUACAUACAA